AUGAUCAUGAUUUUCAAGUGUUACUUUGAGUCGCGCCAAAGAUUGCAUAAAAUUUAUUGGCCACUUGAUGAAGUCAACGUCCUAUCAGAGGAAAGCGUUCCUGAAAUACAACUGGAUGACUUAGAUUCAUUCCGACGUAGACAGCACGGCGUAAAAUUUUCUUCUCGAGGAAAGAAUGUUUUAAACACUAAUCCGUCUGAACGAACCUUAGAAAUGAUUGAACAAUUACGUGCGUUAAUGCAAUCCGUAAUUAUGUUUGCGAGAUGGCCCGUUUAUGUCCAGCGAGAAUUUUGUAAAGUAGCUUGGUACGACUCCUUUGAUAAAGAUCGAGUGAUAAUUCGUAAAGGACAUCGAAGUGAUUGCCUAUUUUUUGUUUUAUCCGGAACAUUAAUGCAAGAUCGUGGAGAUGAUGAUAGGUUAUUUUAUAUGCAACAAAAGUUAGAAGGAAAAUUACAUCUUAAUGUUCACGAUAUCUUAUUCGAUGGUGAAAAUCGAGACGAGUUACAAUAUGGGCAUAGCUUCGGUUUGGAAGAUAUUUAUUACAGUACGGAACGAAGUGCAACGGUAUUUACUAAAGAAGAUGUGGAAUUAUUCGUCAUUCACGUAAAAGAUUAUGGAAAUAUCUUUAAAAAUUUUAUGAAAAGAUCAGAUAAAACGCUUGAUAUAUGCCGGCAGGUGUAUGCAUUAUCAGAUUGGCCAGUUGAUGUUCUGUACAAAGAUCCACACAGUUGGAUUAUGCAAAAUUUUACGAGAGGUUCAGUUAUUUGUCCUAAUUGUGCCGAUUCUCAGUGGGUAUACGUUAUAACAAGCGGUAAAUGCAAAGUAAUCAAAUAUUUAACUACUACGGAAUUGGAACGUUAUAAGGAAGUAUUGCGAGAAAGGCGUACACUAGAAAAUCGCAAGGCGUUAGCUAGCUUCAUUGGCGAUAAAUCUCCAAAUUAUGGAAGCAGCCGUAGCCGUGCAGUUAGUGUCUAUAAAAUUCCUGCUAAUACCCCUUCAAAAUUAAUUAAUGACUACGGAUGGACUAAUGAAGUAUGGGAUGAUGAAGAUAAUUGGUAUGAGCGCCAUGCUGCUGGAAGAGGCAAUGAACCUUUACCUUCAGUCGUAAAUUCGAAAUUGCCUAAAUCGACAUCAUGUGGACAUAGCGUGGAAUUUGCUCCUGAAAGAGAAAAUACUGUUGUAAUGUUACCGAAAAUGAAUAUAUUGCUUAAUAAAUAUACAACUAGUAGAUCUUUGAAGAGAACCCGCCAAUCUCGCAUUUUAUCGGCAGCAUCAACAUCUUCAUCUUCUACAUCUUAUAACUUAGACUAUAGAAGAUCUAGUACUAGUUCCAAUAAGUCUCGUGUAACCAUUAAUAGCACCAUCAAAUAUUUACCGACUUAUAUUGAAUUGAAAACGUUACGAACACGUGAGGCAUUUGGAAUAGAACCAAUCAUUUAUCCCGCAGAUAAAGAAUUUAGCGCAUCUAUUAGUUUGAUCAGCGAUGGAGCAGAAUGCAUUUUAAUACCAAGACGAAUCUUUAGAGAUCAUUUAUCUGUAACAAAAGUUGGUAUCAUGCAAAUCAAAGUUGAGAGAUUUCCUGAUUGCAAGCAAUUAGUUGAGAGUUUGAUGGAAUCAAUGCGAUGGAAAAAUUAUAAGGGCGAACUUGUAACAAAUGUAUUGAGAAGAAUUGAUGAUAAAAAAUUACGAUAA